AUGGCAUUUAUGCAUGCUGCUUCUUCUGAGUGUCUCCGAUCUGAGCUGGAUUUGUGGAUCAUUCCACCCACUCAGACCGCUCUUGAAUCAAGUCAUUGGGUUCCUCACAAACCCCUGACCACACUCGACGCGUCCAACACAGUCGAGUUCUCCAUACCUGGAGUGGGGCAUGAGUACAUUGACCCCGCCCACACUCUUUUGUAUGUCAAAGCCAAAAUUGUGAAAGACAAUGGUGCUGAUAUUACCGCUGCAGACAACAGCGAUGCUGCUCCUGUUAAUUACGCCCUCCACGCCUUGUGGAGUCAGGUUGACGUGAGUCUUAAUCAAAAAGUAAUCUCUCAUUCAAGCAUGACCUACGCCUAUCGUGCCUAUAUCGAAUCACUUAUGAAUUACGACACAUCGGCAAAAGAUUCUCACAUGACUCAGCGUUUGUGGUACCAGGACACGCCUGGACAUUUUGAUUCUCUUGACGGCGAAGAAAAUGUGGGUCUUGCGACGAGGCGGGAGCUCACUGAAAACAGCCGCGCGUUUGAGAUGAUGGGUCCACUACACGUGGAUUUCUUCAAUCAGGAUCAUUUCCUUCUGAAUAACGUUGAGCUCAGAGUCAAGCUCACUAAAAACCGAGACGCUUUUGCCCUCAUGUCUACGGCUAGAACAGAGCGCAUCAAACUUUUGGACGCGACACUCUAUGUUCGCAAAGUAGUAGUGUCUCCUUCGGUGCUGUUGGGCCACGCCCAAGCUCUUGAAAAGUCACCUGCUAAAUAUCCUGUGAAUCGAGUUGACAUCAAAACAGUCACGAUAACACAAGGGCUCCGCGAUAAAAAUUUAGACAAUCUAUACAUGAACCAACUUCCUCAAAGAAUAAUUAUUGGCUUCGUAGACAACCGAGCCUUCAAUGGGGAUUACACCUUAAACGGGUUUAAUUUCCAGCAUUUCAAUUUGAAUUACCUGAGUCUCAUGGUCGACGGCCACCCCGUCCCUUCUCAGCCCUUAACUCCUGAUUUUCCUAACGGGCUCUAUAUGGAAGCGUACAACACUCUGUUCAGUGGCACAGGCCUGCACUGGAAGGACGAGGGCAACAAUAUUAGUUUCCCCGAUUAUCCUCUGGGAAAUGUACUUUACGCAUUUGAUUUGUCCCCUGAUCUUUCAGCCAGCGAACCUCACUGGAACCUCCACAGGCAGGGAACACUCAGGCUGGAACUCAAGUUCGCAGCACCUCUUGCCCAACCUAUAAAUUGCAUUGUGUAUGCCGAAUUCCAAAAUCUGAUUGAGAUUGACAAACAUCGAAACGUCGUUGUAGAUUAUAACGUUUGA